CUCUGUUUGGUCGUCGUACAUGAAGGUCGAGGAGCACGAACCUUUAUUAAUGAUGUCCCUCAAAAUAGAGUCUCCACUUUGUUUGAUCUUUCUCCUCCUGAUCUCAGGAGCUCUUGGGAAUCAAUGGAAUGUGAAAUACAGCAAACUAAAGCUUUGUGCUGUAAAAGGAUCUACAGUGGUUAUGGAGGCCACUUACACACAUCCAACAGGUGUUACAGUGAUAAACAGGUUUUGGUUUAUAAACCCAGUUAAGAGUAAAGAGCCGACUGAUCUGCGUAAUGAAUCAGGUUACUCAGGCAGAGUGGAGUAUUUAGGAGAUAAACAGAAUCACUUCUCCCUCAGACUGAGUGAUGUGAAGAAAUCAGAUGAACACAUGUACUGCUUCAGAUUCAUAACAACUGGAAAGGGAUACAUGGGUUUACCUGGAAUUACACUCAGAGUUACAGAUCUUCAGCUGAUCGCUCCUGCAGAAGUGACAGAGGGAGAAUCAGUCAUUCUGACCUGUAAAACCACCUGCAGUCUGACUGAUCCAACAUUCAUCUGGUACAAAAACACACAUGAUUUAACCACAAACACCUUCAAGAGCAACAAACUCCACCUGCAGAGGGUCAGCAGUGAGGAUGCAGGCAGUUAUAGCUGUGCUGUAAGAGGAUCUGAACAUCUCCCAUCUCCUGCUCAAUACCUCAGUGUCAGAUAUCCUCCAAAGAACGUUUCCAUCAGUCUCUCUGGUGAGAUUGUGGAGGGCAGUUCAGUGACUCUGACCUGCAGCAGUGAUGCAAACCCACCUGUGGAGACCUACACCUGGUUUAAGGGGAGGACUUCAGUGGGAAAAGGAAAGAUCUUAACCAUUUCUAAAGUCAGUUCUGAGGACAGUGGAGAGUACAAGUGCAUGUGUAGUAAUAAAGUCGGGCAUCAGAACUCCACCAGUGUAACUCUGAAUGUUCUGUAUCCUCCAAAGAACGUGUUCAUCAGUCCCUCUGGUGAGAUUGUGGAGGGCAGAUUAGUGACUCUGACCUGCAGCAGUGAUGCAAACCCACCUGUGGAGACCUACACCUGGUUUAAGGGGAGGACAUCAGUGGGGAAAGAAAAGACCUUCACCAUCUCUAAGAUCAGCUCUGAAGACAGUGGAGAGUACAAGUGCAUGUGCAGUAAUGAAGUCGGGCAUCAGAACUCCAUCAGUGUAACUCUGAAUGUUCUGUAUCCUCCAAAAAACGUGUCUAUCAGUUCCUCUGGUGAGAAAGUGGAGGGAAGUUCAGUAACUCUGACCUGCAGCAGUGACAGUAACCCACCUGUGGAGACCUACACCUGGUUUAAGGAGAAUAAAACAUCACCUGUAGGAUCAGGACAGAGUUACAGAGCUCUACAGAGUGGACUGUACUACUGUGAGGUUCAGAAUAAACUCGGCUCUGAGAGAUCAGCUGCAGUGUCCAUCACUAUAACCAUAGAUCAGAGUGUAGGUGUGUAUGCAGGUGUUGGGGUUGUGUGUGUUUGUGUCAUUGGGGUCAUCAUCUUGUGUAAAAGCAAAAAAUAUAAACUUGCAUCAACAGGAGAACAAAGUAGAAAACAGGAUUUUUAUGAAUAUGUAGCAGUGAAUAGAGUCAACGCUGCAUCUGGUUCAGCCUCGACCAAUCAGGAUGAAGUCCUGUAUGCUAAAAUUGUACACCAGCGUGCUGUUGAUGUCGGGGAUGCUGGAAGUUCUGCUGCAAUCACUUCUGCCUUUGGGGAGGACGAGGUUCAGUACGCUAGUGUUAAAUUUACACGCACUGGAACUGAUGACAGGUCUUCCAAUGCUGAGGAUCUCACUGUGAUCUACAGCAGCAUAAAAUGUUUACCUGUUUAUCCAACAUCAGCAUCACCAACUUCCACCUGGUUUUAGUUUAAAGCUUCUAGAAACUUCAGUGACUCAUUUAUAAAUGCAGCUCAUAACAGAACAGUGGCACUUCAUCAUCUGCUGGUCAGCAUGUUGCAUUAUGGGCUGUAGGACUUUAGAUUUCACCUCAGCGAACAAUCAGUUUGUUUCUGAUGUGAGAAGUUUGUCUGUGUCACAAAAUCAGCCUGAGAAUUAUUACAAUAUGAAUCCACUUUUAGAUCUUCUGAUGUCUUCUGGACCCUCGCUAUAGAUCUCAACAAAUAUUGUAGGAUAUUGUAUAAGUGUAAAUAUUUAAAAGGAUUAAACUGCACGCUGCCAGUCACAAUAUAUUCAGAUAGAGAAAACAAACUCUGCCCACCAAGUCAGAAUCCUUUUGAAAGAUCAAUCAAAUCCUCAAAACCAAAACAAAACAAAAAAAUCUAAUUUUGUCAAAAAUUCCUUCCUUACAAAAGAGUGAACAUCGGCCAACAGUCCAGAAUAGCAGCAUCAAUGACCUAAAAUAUGCUCUAGGAUAAUUUGAUUUUGCUAAUUUAUAACUCAGUUAUAUGAAUAAUCUUUAAAACCAUUAAAUUUACACAUUUUAUUACAUA